AGCAAUCUAAGAACCGCGUCAAGUCGACUUUCUACUUUUAUUUUCUUUAUUUACUUAAUAAAUAAAAAAAUUGUUGAAAGAUCAAAGAGAGUGCUAUCCCUUUGAUAUACGGAUCCAUCUUAGUUUUCUUGUAUCAGACACAGACUUGUUCAAAAGAAUAUUGACAUUUUGUUUAAAUAAUUAUGGUGAGUGUUGUGGGAGAAAUGUUUUGUAAUCCUUACACGACGGAGUUGGUGGUGAGAAGGCGGCGUGAGAGCCUCAAAAGGGAUCGUUUUGACGUCUUCGAUCUAUCGGACAAUCUCAUCUUCACCAUCGACGGUGGCACAUGGAACAUCCGCCGUAAACGUGUCCUCCGUGACGCCACCGGGCUUCCUCUUCUCUCCAUGCGCACCAAGGGUAUUGUAACAAUGAGAUACAAAUGGGAAGUGUACAAAGGAGAAAGCACAGAAUCCGAGGAUCUUCUUUUCUCAGUAACGGAACCAAAUCUAUUCUCCAUCAGAACAUCACUUGAUGUCUCUUUGCCGACACAACAACCUUCGACGGACAUUAGUAGUACUAUCAAGCCAGAUUUUAGAACUUAUGGUCGUUACAUUGGUUCUUCUUUCAAACUCUUUGAACCAAUUCAUAAUACUCUUCUUGCUGAGGUGGUUCAUGAUUUCUCAUGGGGAGGACUUAUAAUAGGGAAGUACAGCUUCAAAGUGAGAGUUAAUCCAUAUGUGGAUUUCGCAUUUGUCAUCGCGUUACUUGUAAUUGCAGAUGAUACAUCCAAUCUACGUUAGAGAAGUUUCUACAUAUCUUAGCUGGGUUAAGAAUAAGAUCGGAAUGGGCUGUAAAUUAGUAAUCAUACAUCGGUAUCAGAUAUUCAGACUGUAUAUUGUUGACUCUUUCUUUUUGAGUACUUGAGGUUUGUCUACAUUUGAAACA